AUGGCUCCAACACCCUUCGACACCGCGAAGCUCACCCUCGACUACCUCCCCUACGCCUGCGAGUUCGACCCCCAAGAUGCGAACAGGCUGAUCGUCGGAGGCGGCGGCGGCGCCAACAGGUCCGGCGUCGCAAACAAGAUCACAGUGAUCGACGCCUCGGCCAAGGACGAGCUGCGCAUCAGCGGCGAGGUCGACCUCAGCCGCAACGAGGACAGCGUCAUGACCCUCGCCGUCGGCCCCAAGAAGGGCAGAACCUCUCACAUCUACGCCGGCAUCAACUCGAGCCCCGCCGACGUCGAGAAGGGCAAGAACGAACACUUCCGCGUCUUCGGCGCCGAGCAGAGCAAGGCGCGCCUUUCCGUCGGUGCUAACUCCCCGGGCGUGAACGUCGCCGAGCUCUCCCGCACCGCCCUCUUCUCCCACGCCGAGAACGACAAGGACGCCUACCAGCGCCUGCUGCGGUUGUCCGCGCCGUUCGGCGAGAGGCAUCAGCUCGGCGCCGUCGCGACUGGUCUGGCCAAGGAGUCGCAGAUUGCGCUCUUCGAGGUCUCUGCCGCGUCGGGAGCCGCGGUGAAGCCGAGGGGCAAGUUGGACAUCUCGAGGGAGGCGAUGGAUUUGGAUGUGAUCCAGACUGGCGAGGAUACAUACCAAGUCGCCUUCUGCGAUGAGCGCGACUUGUUCGUCAUCAAUGUCACGAAGACCGGCGUCGACGGCCCGCACGCGGUCUACACGAUGAAGGAGGAUGGUUCGGGUAUCACGCCCAUUUUCCGGUCCAUUCGGUACCUGUCAUCCGGCUUCAUCAUGGUCGGCGCCAACCUCCCCAAGCGCACCGGUGUCGUUCUCCUAGGUAUCCGGCUGCCGGCGAAGGAGGGCGAAAAAGCUCGUCUGGCGGCGUCGGCCAAGCUGCCCAAGGCCGUCACGCAAGCGACCACCAUCGCCGUGCGAAACCUCAGCCCGCCUUCCACACCCGACGCCAGGAUCGGAAACACGCAAUUCGUCGUGGCCGUUGCGGCUCAGGACCGCUCCGUGUUACUUUACACGGUCGAGCACAAGUCUCACUCGUCCAUCGAGCUGCUGGUUGACCUUGAGCGCAUCACGACGUUGAAGGAUGUGCACCCUCUGCAGAUCACCAACCUCGCCCUGUCCCACUUCAUCCCUCCCAAGACCACCGCCCGGCCACAGUACCUCAAGCUCGCCAGCAUCUCCAUGAAGAACACUGUCGUCGUACACUCAAUCCUCCUCAAGAAGUUCACCGACAGAGAAGUCCCCCUGCGCAAGGGCGGCCCGCCGCGUCCCCAGCGUUACGCCGUCGCUCUGCAGCCCAGCAAGCUGACGACCAAGGCGACGAUCGGCCUGGCCACCAUCAUCGUCCUCGUCCUGGCCGUCAUCUUCCAGAUCAGCCUCGAGUCCGCCGGCUUCGUGCGCCCGCGCAUCACAUCCCCCUCAAGCACCCUGGCCAACGCCAACACGCCCAACGAGUUCCUGUCGACGCUCAUCGGCGAGGUCCACGCGCUGCAGGGCGACCCGAUCGUCAUCCGCGAAGACGCCGUCAGCCCCACCCACCCCGAGGAGAACCCCGUCCCGAGGUUCCAGGCCGCGGUGCACGACGAGGCGGUCUACGGGCCGGCCGUCAGCUGGGACGACCUCUCCGCGCAGCAGAAGAAGCUCUGGAAGGAGAAGCUCUCCAGGGCGGGUCACUGGACGCAGAACAUGGGCGAGAGCGUCUUCAAGGGGAUAUUGUUUGGUGAGCUGGCUGGGGCUGUCAGACAGGCUGUUGCCGGCUGA